AUGCUGGGCAAGGUCGCGCACUGGCUCGCGGCUCGACACGAGGCAAAGCGCAGCGCCAGCGAUGCCUCUAUUCAGCAGCGCUACAACGCUCUUGCACGAUUGAAGAAAGCCACGACGGCCGCUGUGUGCAAAGGAACUGAAGGCGAGAAAAUCGGUGGAGGCAGUCACGACACGAAGGCGCGGGCGCGGGAUAGCUGGACGAGUGUCGCGCUGCCGAGAGAGCAGCGUCAGCCACUAACAGAGCGCGAGCUGUGUGUCGCAGAGCUCUGCACGGCAUUGGAAGAGUGUCUGGUGAUGGGAAUCAAGCCACGAGGUGACGGCCAGCAGCCCUCCUGGUGGCACGUGUUGUAUGCGAGCACGCUCAUUGUUGACGAGCCAACGCUCGUGCAGAGUGUAGUGUCUGCUGCGUUUCUAUCGGAGACUGACGUAGGGAGGGCGCGCUGUUGGCUGAAGAUCGCGCUGAACAACCAUACGAUUGAGUCGAGCAUCAUGAUGAUUUUCUCCAUGCCGUGCGAGCACUUGAUCCGCGAGAACUACGACGAAAAGUCGCUCGUUCGUUGUUCGGAAGGUCUAGGUGUGUUUCUCGAGCUUAUUAUUGCUCUUCGGGAAGUGCAUUUUGCAAUUGAAGUGAGCGGCGAACCGUUCCAGCUACCAGGGACGCUAGACUUACUGGAUCCAGUGCCUGGGCCUGAAGGUGCUAGUGAGGACUUGAUUGUCAGUAUCACGGAUGCAGACAUUGCUGCGGCAGUUGGAGCGUUGCCUUCCAAAGCUGGAUCGCUUCCCGAGACUGAGCCAGCGUUCACUGACGAUAAAGAUGGUAGAAGCAAGACCCAAGGAGCCUUGAUGGUAAUGAAAAAAGAGCAGGGAAAGGGUGUCCAGUCCCUGUCGCACCCACUCGAAGAUACCGACCCGUGGCACCACGUGUUUGGCGUCAGCCUGGCGUCGCUUACUGGGAACCCAUACCACAGCCGGUAUGCUUUGAUCGAUCCACUGCUCGCGCUUCCGAACGUUGUGGACGACUGUGUGGCGAUAGUGAGACGAAAGCCGGAUACGCCACGACUGUUGCGCGCGACAGUUUUGAGCAUUCACUUGAACCAGCUUCGGGAGAUUGUGGAGACCAGAGGGUCUGUACCGCAAGAUCUGGACCCGCAGUGUGCAUCAGCGUUGCUCUUAGAUUUUUUGAAGAACCUGCCAGAUCCCUUGCUGACGGACGAUAAGUACGAUGCGUUUGUAGCAGCAGGGAAAUUGCAUGAUGAAGAUGCGAGUGUGCACGACAUUACACGAUUAGUGAACGGCCUGCCCGUGCACUGUCAGAUUGUGCUGAAGCAAGUGGUCGGCUUGAUGCACUUCCUGCAACAGCCCGAGCAUUCUGUUAACAACGGUGUGGACAUUUUCACGGCGUCAACUGUUCUUGCCCCAGUCAUCGCUUACAGGAAAGAAACGGAAAGAGACUUGCCGCCCGAUCGCCCGCAUGGCAGAACACAUUCCCAGAAUCAAGAUCUUCGAUAUGCCGCAGUAGGGGCUCCGUUGGUUGAGCGAAUGAUACAGCAUUACGCAGCCAUUUUCCACUCCAUACAGGUACGACUUGUUGACGCGCUCGAGCGAUUGGAUGCAAAGAAGAAAGCACUGCACAUGGUGUGGCAUCAACUGAAGCUUCAGCCGCAACUGAAUGUCUCGUCAGAUGGACAGCAAGUGGACGAGAUAUCUCGGUUGUUCAGCGAGCAUUUGGAGAGGGAUGGUGAUUGCUCGCUAUCGUCUUCAUUCAUUUCACAAAUUGGGCGCAUAUCAAGGCGCUCAAAGACUGAGACCCAGACAUGUGUGGAGAACGAACGUUGUUCAAGCACAGCUCUAGAUGUUUCAGAGCAACGUGUACAAACACCAACGCAACCGGCCAGUUCGAUUGGUAGUGGAUCUUCUUCGCUGACCAGCAAGGCAACUACACGGGUUCUUGUAACCGUCUGGAAACAGUUUGGCUUCAACAGACCAAGUAUCUUGGAGAACUUUGAAAAUGGUGGCGUGCUGAUGCUGCGAGCUCUUCUCUACUGGCUACAGAACAACCCUGAUGCAUUAUCCUUGCUAAAGACGCACGCGCUACCAUCUAAGUUGCCGUCUUUCGACGCCGGGCUGGUAGCAUCGUCCAUCUGCGAGUCGCUGGUGAAGCUGCUAAAACUAUCCUUAACCUCGAAGCAGUCGGAGAUUGAUAUCGUAGCAAUGUCGUUGGAGCCUUUUUGGGAGCUCUUUGAUGAAGACAUGUACUUCUACAAAUUAUUCGCGUUCAUGUUUCAGGUGUACAUCCAACUGUGGAGUCAGCUUGAUCCGAAGGCGGCAUCGUUUACCCGAGUAAUGACAGAAACCGAGAAUGUGAUGCGUAAACUGCUGAAGAAGACUUCAAGCACCGUCAAUGAUCUUCGAGUGGAAUGGGAAGCGUUUAGGACGCGUCGGCCAGAAGAGGCUGAUGAAGAGGACCUAAACGAGAAGCGAGGAGAGCAAGGCGGAGCGCUCUUGGUCGCUACCCCAUCGGAUCCACUUCUGAUGUCGUCUCCGUUUCGCACUUCCAAGAAGAGACCUUCCUUCGAUUUCGACCCGGACGACUACAAACUCAAGCUGUUGGAUUCGUCGAGCAUUUUGACCUUGGAACAUAUUGCACAUAUUGACCAUGCAUUGCCCGUUACGAGUCAAUUAUGCCGAUGGUUUCGGAUCUACAGUCUGGAAUCGAAUGGAUCGUCACUGGAGACGCUUCUUUACCUCGCAAAGAAACAAAGCCCGACGUUGUUGGUCGUCAAAGACGCCGAGAAGAACGUGUUUGGUGGGUUCGCGUCGGACGAGUGGCACCACGCAUUCCACUAUUAUGGCACAGGCGAGUCCUUCCUAUUUUCCUUUGCAAACUCGAGCGCUGCAGGCGGGUUUGUAAAGUAUCAAUGGAGCCGCAAAAACAACUACUUCAUGCUAUGCUCCGACACGUCCUUAGUCAUGGGUGGCGGAGGCAACUUUGGUUUGUUCCUGGAUAGCGAUUUGUCUGCUGGGACUACAGGAGCGUGCGAAACGUUUGAUUCACCUCCAUUGACUACCUCGCAGCAGUUUUGCUGUAUCCAAUUGGAGCUAUGGGGGUUUGCAUUCGGAGACAAGCCGGUUGGAUUUGGUGGCCGACGAAAAAAAAGUGUGUUGGACUAG